AUUACAGCUAAUGGACCAAUCAAAUCAGUCCACAGCUUCAAAACAUCCAAUCAGGCGUGAGUCUGGACCUGGUUUUCUACUGAACACACAAGUUCAUUACCUCACUAUCACUUUGUCUAAACAGGAACGAUGAUCACACUCUUUGUGGCUCUUUACUUUCUGCUUUGUCUCUGCACAACUGGAAACACUUCUGACAUCAAGGAGUUUCAUGUAAAAACAGUAAAGCCUGGAGAAGCUGUAACUAUGGAGUGUAACAUUACUGCGGUUAAAGACAAAAAGAGUUUAGCUUGGUACAGACAGAGUUUUGGAAAAGUGCCUCAGUUUUUUGUGAGACAGUACGUUGGCUCUCCUGGCUACUUAUAUGUUGAGGGAUUUAAUAAUAGCCGCUUCAGUGUUACUGUAAAUGGCGAUAAGUUUGAUCUCAACAUUAAUGAAAUAAGAGAAGAUGAUGGAGGAGAAUAUUUCUGUGGAUAUGUGGAGGGAAGUACAGUAAAGUUCACAUCUGGAACACGUCUGCAGUUUGAAGGUAAACAGUUUUACUCUGAUAACCUGCUAAUUCCAGAUCAACACUUUGGUUCAAACAGUGGAGGAUAUCAGAUUAUUGCCUUAAUAGCCUCUAAUAUAAUCUCUGUUAUUGUAAUCGUGGCUCUGGUUGGAGUUUUAUUUAAACAACAAAGAAAAGGUUCAUCAUCAAGCAACCAUCAAACUCCCACCAAUCAGAGCGCUGCUGCAGCUGAUGAUGAAGAUGUCUUGAACUAUGCAGCUGUGAGUUUUGCUAAGAAACCUUCAUCCUCCAGAACAUCCAGAGACACGAGCCAUCAAGACGUUUAUGCACAAGUUAAAAUAAAAUAAAUAAAGAGAAAUCAAGUCAGAACUGAAAAACAAUAUGAAUGUAAUCAUCCCAGUUUGUACACAGAUGUGUUAUUCGGACAAAAACAUUUUCAUUAUUGAAACGUUCAUUAUUAUUUCCAAACUGUUUUCUUGUAUUAAUUUGCUCUACCUGAUAGAUCUUUAUUGUUUGAUUGUUUUAUUUCUUUUUCAACCUUUGAUUGUACUCAAUGUUCUACACCCUGU